UCCAGCUGCUGUGCGUGUGUGUGCGCGCUGACAUGGAUACAACUGGCGUUUACUGUUGAAACUGGACACAUUACAGUGUUGCAGUGGCGCGGGGGGGACUUCAAAGAGCGGUAAAACUUCUUCCACGGCCGCACUCAUGUGAUUUUCCCUUGUUUGAGCCAUGUCCAAGAGCCUGAAGAAGAGGAAGAACCACUGGACCAACAAAGUCCACGAGAGUGUCCUUUGCAGGAAUGAGGAGGGGGAGCUGGGGCUGGAGUUGAAGGGCGGCGCAGAAAAUGGACAGUUCCCGGUUAUCGGCGAGCUUCUCCCGGGUAGAGCGGUGUGCCACAGCGGCAAACUCUUCCAGGAUGAACUCCUCCUGGAAGUCAAUGAUACCCCGGUGGCUGGACUCACCACCAGGGACGUCCAUGCUGUGGUCAAACACAGCAAAGACCCCGUCCGACUCAAGUGUGUCAAGCAAGGGGGCGUGAUAGACAAGGACCUGCGCCACUACCUCAACCUGCGCUUCCAGAAAGGCUCGGUGGACCACGAGCUGCAGCAGAUCAUCCGGGACAACCUCUACCUCCGCACCGUCCCCUGCACAACCAGGCAGCCCAAGGAAGGAGAGGUCCCAGGGGUGGAUUAUAAUUUCGUGACCGUUGACCGGUUUUUGGAAUUGGAGAAAAGCGGAGCCCUGCUAGAGAGCGGAACAUAUGAAGAUAACUUUUACGGCACCCCGAAGCCUCCGGCCGAGCCCAGCGCUCUGCUGCUAAAUGUAACGGACCAGCUGCUGCCGGGCGCCAGACCCACCUCCGAGGGUAAGAGGAAGCGUAACAAGUCGGUGAGCAACAUGGAAAAAGCCAGCAUCGAGCCCCCCGAGGAGGAGGAGGAGGAGAGACCCGUCAUCAAUGGCAACGGUGUUGCUGUCACCCCAGAGUCGAGUGAACAUGAGGACAAGAGUACAGACGCUUCGGGGGACAUCGCCCCGCAGAGCAUCCCAGCGGAGGCCCCACCAGAGGCGCCCAAAGACGACGGACAGUCCCCGAAAAUGACACUACCUAAACCAGAGGACAAUGACGAGCUAGGACUGCUGCCAGACAACUGGGAGAUGGCAUACACCGAGAAAGGAGAGGUCUACUUCAUAGACCACAACACCAAGACAACAUCGUGGCUGGAUCCGAGGCUAGCCAAGAAGGCAAAGCCGCCCGAGGAAUGCAAAGAGGAUGAGCUUCCGUACGGCUGGGAGAAAAUCGAUGACCCCAUUUACGGCAGCUACUAUGUCGACCAUAUAAAUAGAAGGACCCAGUUUGAGAAUCCAGUCCUGGAGGCUAAAAGGAGACUUCAGCAGCAGCAGCAGAUGCAAAGCCAGGGUCUGUCCUCACUGCCCCUCCCCACCAUCUACAGAGAGAAGCCGCUGUUCACGCGGGACCCCACUCAGCUGAAAGGCAGUUUCUUGUCCACAUCACUCCAAAAGAGCAGCAUGGGCUUUGGCUUCACCAUCAUCGGAGGCGACGAGCCUGACGAAUUCCUCCAGGUCAAGAGCGUUAUCCCCGAUGGGCCGGCCGCAGCUGAUGGAAAGAUGGCCACAGGUGAUGUCAUUGUCUACAUCAACGACGUGUGUGUCCUGGGCACCACCCACGCCGAUGUGGUCAAACUCUUCCAAUCGGUGCCAAUUGGCCAAAGCGUCACCCUCGUCUUGUGUCGUGGCUACCCUUUGCCCUUCGACCCAGAGGAAGCUGCCAACACCAACAACAACACCACCACCACCAUCAUCUCCCCGCUGGGCAUCAUGGAGCAGCGGCCCAUCAUGGUGAACGGCAGGACGGGCUACGACAACUACCUGGAUUAUCUCUCCCGCACGGCGCGCUUCGUCACAGACCCCAGUCAGGACCAGGUGAACGCCCAGCAGCAGCUGCUCACCCCUCACCCGGGUGACACCCACUUAGACGGCUCGCUUCCUCCCACCACCGGCACCACACCUCCUGACAGCGUCUCCAUGGCGUCGUCAGGGGCGACCCAGGGGGAACUACUAACCCUGACCAUGGUGAAGGGCGUGGAAGGUUUUGGCUUCACCAUCGCGGACAGCGCUACGGGCCAGCGAGUCAAACAAGUGCUGGAGCCUCAGGGCUGCCCGGGCCUGUGCGAGGGUGACCUGAUAGUGGAGAUUAACAAGCAACACGUGCAGGGAUUCGUACACACCCAGGUGGUGGAGCUUCUCAAGGAGUGUGCCGUGGGAGCUGAGACCAUCCUGGUGGUUCAGAGAGGUGGAACAGGUCACUAUUCACCCUGGAAGACCCCUAAGCAGGUGCUGGAGCAGUGGGAGUCCCAGCAGGGCCAGAGCAGCCCUGCUCAGACCAGCCUGUCAGCCCCCGUUAUCCCCCACAACGCCCCCUUCCCAACACACCAUCUUCACAGGGCCUCGGUCCCAGACUCAGCCUCCGAGGCCUUGGCCCUGGCUAAACCAGACCCCUAUGACCUUUAUGAGAAGUCCAGGGCUAUCUAUGAGAGUAGGCAACCUGGCCAACCAAGGACAGUUUUUCCUGUGGACUCAUCAGGGGCGGAGUACCAGGACAUGGAGGUGCACCUGCGCAGACAGAAGUCCGGCUUUGGUUUCAGGGUGCUGGGCGGGGACGAAGCCGGGCAGCCUAUCUUGAUCGGGGCGAUCAUCGAGAAGAGUCCAGCAGACCUGGAUGGCCGCUUACGGCCCGGAGAUGAGCUGCUGUUUGUGGACGGGAUCCCGGUGGUGGGGAAGCCUCACAGAUACGUCAUUGACUUGAUGCACGGGGCGGCGCGAAACGGCCAAGUGAACCUGGUGAUCAGGAGGAGGGUGCAGGCGGCAGGUGAGUCGUGUCCAGAGAACGGCCGUAGCCCGGGCUCUGUCUCCACGCAGCACAGCUCCCCGCGCAGUGACUUCACAUAUGGCAACAGCACCGGCAAUACCCAGGCCCACAACGCCGGCAUGGGCAACAACGGCGCCACUACAGACAGGACGUCGACCCCCAACUCGCAACCCAGUGACGUCGUCAUCAACCGAAAGGAGAGCGAAGGCUUCGGCUUCGUCAUCAUCAGCUCGCUAAACAGGCCCGAGGCGGCCGCCGCCAACACUGUGCCCCAUAAAAUUGGGCGCAUCAUCGAGGGCAGCCCGGCCGACCGCUGCGGGAAGCUAAAGGUGGGAGACAGGAUCCUGGCAGUGAACAGCCAGUCCAUCGUCAACAUGCCGCACGCAGACAUCGUUAAGCUGAUCAAGGACGCGGGCCUCAGCGUCACCCUGAGGAUCAUACCGCAGGAAGAGAUCAGCAAUCCCCCGUCAGCCCCCAGCUCAGAGAAGCAGAGCCCCAUGGCCCAGCAGCACAGCCCGAAGACGCAGCCCUGCACCGCUGCCUCGCAGCCCAACCCUGCGGUCACAGAGGCCAACCCCGCCGUUAGCCAGCCCAACCCCAUGCCUCACCAGAGCCCCGUGACCCAGCUGCCCACCCCUCCACCACCGACCUACACCCACGAGAGCAGUUACAGGUCCGAGGUGAAGGCGAGGCAAGAUGUUAAACCAGACGUCAGACAGCCGCCGUUCACGGACUAUCGACAGCCGCCGGUGGAUUACCGGCACCCUCCUGUGGCAGACUACAGGCAGCCUCCCACGUUGGACUACAGACACCCGCCACUGCUGGACUACAGACAGCUAGCUACCGACACCAGGCAGUUCGGCCUGCCAGACUACCGAAUGCCACCAGUCCAGCUUGCGCAGGACUUCGACUUCUUCACAGUGGAGCUGGAGAAAAGCGUGAAGGGCUUCGGUUUUAGCAUCCGUGGAGGGCGGGAGUACAAGAUGGACCUGUUUGUCCUACGGCUGGCAGAGGACGGACCGGCCAUCCGCAACGGCAGGAUGAGGGUUGGAGACCAAAUCAUUGAGAUCAAUGGAGACAGCACCCGGGACAUGACCCACGGCAGGGCCAUCGAGCUGAUCAAGUCUGGAGGCCGCCGCGUCCGUCUCCUCCUAAAGAGGGGGACAGGGCAGGUCCCAGAGUAUGAUAAUGCCGCCCCAUGGGAUGCUCGCCCUUCAGCCUCCCCAAGCCUGUCGGAAGUAGCCCCUCCCAUCGACAGCCUUUCCAUGUCAUCGCCUUCAUCUCAUCUGGCCCCGGACCCACCUCACCUGCCGCCUCCGGACGUCCAUCAAGACCCGGUGGCACGAGACAGCAGGACGGAGCGUUUGAAAAGCCCCCAGAAGGCCGAGCUGCUGAAUCCAGAUCCGACCAGCCAGGGGAGGAGAGCGGCUGCGGCCGGCGGGAGCGGCAGAGCCAAGAAGGAGGGUGGCAGGUCCACCCACAAGGGGCACAAGGUCCAGCCUACUACUGAGGGGGAAGUGGGCAAGGAGGAUCAGAGCGGGGAGCCCAAACCUUCCAGGAGCACCAGAGGGAGAUCCAAGGAGAGAAACUCCGGGGACAGAAGAGAAUCCACCGAAUCUCCCAGCAGCUCCAAGCUCGCGCACACUAACGGGAACAGCAGGGAGGAUGUGGAGCGUUACGGUGGCGUGCACCAGCAGGUGGAGUCGGAGCUGAGCAAGACCCGGGAACUGGAGAGGAGCCUGGGAGAGAGCCGGCCCAGCCUGCCUAACAAGAGCACCAGCAGCGCAGCGGGCAGGAAGGCCACGGUCUCUCCUGGGCCCUGGAAGAUCCCCGGAUCAGACAAGCUGCCCAGCACGCUGCGCACAGGCACGUCCACGCUGAGCAGAUAACACCGCGGCUCCAGCAGAAAGCAGUGAAGCAGCCCGUCCUCACACCUUCCUGUGUUCCUUUACCCCCUCACCCCACACACACACACACACACACACACAGAGUCAAAACCACGGGGGGGAGGGGGGCAGGGUGAUCUGGACCACGUGUUUUUAGAGUUUUAUUUAUGAUAUUGUACUCUAAAUUAUUUUGAGAAAUAUUUUACACCCACCACCUUAAGAACUGGAAAUCAUCCACUUUAAAAAAAGAAGAAGAAGAAGAAGAAGAAAAGAAACGGAAGAGCAACUAGAAUGUGUGUUUCGCGUGGCGGGAAUCACAAACUUUAAAGAACUCCCCAAGCAGAACAUGCAAAUAUAAACAACUGACAGGACGCAACUGUCGGUUGUGAUUGGAUUCUUUUUAUAUAUAUAAAUAUAUAUAUAUAUAUAUCUAUCUUCACGAUGGAGUCUGUUUUUUGGAAUGUUAUAAAGAAAGUUUGCCUGUUUUUGACGCGAGCGAAUGGAACGAGUGACCGCAGAGAUGAAAUCUACUCAUCGACAGAACUUUGCCUUAACAGAGAGACUGUGUGGGCCUGAAUCUAUCGGAUGACUAUAGACAUAGAUAUAUUAUAAUGAAUAUGUGGGAUCAUUUUGUAAAUAAGAUCAUCUUUAAGUGAAAUGAACCUUCGUCGACGGGCUGAACACGGACCGGAGCUUCUCCCUCUUCUACUCUCCUGUUCAGCCCCCGUGUUGCAGUUCGGGGCUCUCGGCUGCGGUUGACUUCAUCGAUUUGCGCUUGAAUCGCCCCCCAAGUUCAGCGGGGGUGUCACGUCGAUCCAUUUUUCUCAUUUCUGUGCUUAACGAACAAAGCAAUCCACGACGGCGGUGUCCAGCCGGACGCUGAGAGAAGGAGCGACCGAGGGGGGGCAGAGUGCCUUAGACUGACAGAGAGGUUGGUUUUUAGGUCAAGGGUUCAACUCCAAACCACUUUAGAGGGUUCAAAACCGGCUGCUAUACAACAUCAACUUCACAGACAUAAAUAAUAAACUGUAUUUUUUCAGAUACGAGUGUGAUACAAGCUUAUGUAUGAAGAUAAGUCCUUUUAUCAGAAGUCUUUGUGCAAGUGGUUCUUUUUUUGGGUCAAGACAGUUUUCAUUCCUGAUUUCUUAAUGAGGUUUCCGUGGAGAACUUCUCACAUGAGAUGGUGUCAGCACCGAGCAGAGCUUUCGCAAAAACCAAACCAAACUCAACUACUAAAACGUGAUGCGGUGAAAAAGCUUGCUCGCCUAACGAUCUGUGACCUGAGUUGAAUGAAUGCGCUCCAUUUUGAAACAUUUCUAGCGUUUUCCAGAUGGGGCCGAGAAGACGUUGCGACCGUCUGCGGCUGACUUUGACUUAGUUUUGGGUGAUUCUGUCUACACUGUGUGAUAUUAACAGCAUCUCCAUGCCAAAGCUCCCUGUAGAUUAGAAACAUUUCCACACACCUGCCCCACAAUCGGACUCUAUUUGAAGGCUGAAGUUUAAAUGCACAGGUGCACGUUUUUUUAUACAACCUACAAAAUUGACAACUUGCUCAGCUCUGCUCCCCUUUGUUACUGUUGCUAUGCUCGUCAAGCUUUCGGUGGCAGAUUAACGUCUUUUAAAUUCUUGAGUGACUUUUGAAACAAUGGCUCCUUGAUUACAAAACAAAAGCAGCUCUUCCAGCCGCUGAGAGGAAACGACUUGCAGCUGUAGCUAGCUAAUUCAGCUAAUGUUUAGCUGACUUUUUUAAUGUUUACAGCGGAUUCAUUUGAAAUAUCUCCCAAAAAAGGGGGGUCUUUAUUAUCGACAUACUUAUGCUACAAGUAAAGAGUUAGCAUCCUCACCAGUUAAUGAUCUAUGUAAGCUAUUACACGGUAGAGCUAAGUCGUCCCAGUGUUUUUAAUAUGAUAUUUCAUGCUAUCAUCACAUCACAUGCUUGUGCUUUUAAACGGUAUGUUUUUACUUUUAAGGUUGUAAUGUUAGGACGUGCACGCGCCUUCAACAUGUGGAGAAAUGCAUAGCUACAGUUGCUCAACUGUGAUUGAACGCGUGGUGUUCAUGGGGCAGGAGGUUUGACGCAAAUUGUCAAUUUUGAGAUCAACAAAUGUUUCAUGUCUGCUGAUGUGAACAUUUACGAUCUUUCCUCUGAAUGAAAGAACAUUAACAGAAAGUCAUAAUACCAGAACAAAAAGUUGUAAUGACACAAGGAAGAAGCGGACUGACUGUGAAGCACAAUCUCUCUCGGAGGGUUUGGGGAAAGAUCAUGUUGGAGACGUCCAGCAGCCGGACACUUGUAGAUGCUGUGCAGGCGGCAAAAAAAAUCAGAAACAAGUCCCGAAGUAAAUUGUGCAAACGCUGCCUACACACCGUCUCUUCAUCAUGCACCAUUUUGACCGGACUUCUUCUUUUAUUUUCAGUUUGAAGCAGAAACAAAAAAAAAAUUGUGCGUAUUUUUUGCUCAACCUUUGCACAACUCACUGCUUUCCACACCUGAGCUGUCUCCAUUGAGCCAAAUUGUAAGUAGUUUGCUACGGAAAGCAAAAAGAACAAACAAAAAAAACCAUCUCGAGGUGUAAAAGAUGCGCGUGCUGAAAUAACCGCACGCGCUACACCGAGCGGCUCAGUAUCACUGUGUAGUGUUAUAGCAGUGUAUAGACCCUCAACAAAUAUCUCUAUAAAUACGACUCCGUGUACUAUCGAUGGUCACAAAGACUAAGUGGAGCAACUAUUUUUAUGAAAUGCAACACUAUGGAUAUAUUAACUUUUUGCAAAAAUCUUGUUUACCUGUAUGAUAUUCUGAAAAGCUGUCAAAAUAAAAGAAAAUCUUGACACAUGAAA